AUGUCUGUCGUCACCAUAUCCUCCCCGGAGCAAUUCGGCUCUCUGCUGAACUCCUCCCGCAUUGUCAUUGCCGACUUCUACGCCGACUGGUGCGGACCAUGCAAAGCCAUCGCCCCUGUCUACGACUCGCUGGCCCGCCAGCUCUCGCGUCCGAACCAGAUCACAUUCACCAAGAUCAACGGUGACGAGCAGAAAGAACUGGCGCAGACAUAUAGCGUGCGGGCAUACCCCACCUUCAUCGUCUUCGAGAACGGGCGCAAAACACAAACCGUCGCCGGCGCCAACCCACAAAAACUGAACGAAGUAAUCCAAAAGCUCGCAACAGAAGCCACAAAGUCCGAUGGUGCCGAAGGCAGCAGCAGCAACGGAGCAAUCUGGCUCGGCGCGACCGUAGCAAAAGGAUACACCGACGUAACCGACCAAGCAGACGCAAAGGGCCUGGAACUACUGAACCGCGACAACCAGUUCGGCGAACCGCGAGUCCUCUUCUCUCCCAGCAAGCCGUCCGCGCUGGGCAAGACCGCGGACAAGGACUGGGUGGAGAGCGAUACGGACGAACAGCUUAUGCUCUACAUCCCGUUCCAGUCUACGCUGAAGGUGCACUCGUUGCAGAUUACGUCGUUUGCGGGUGUCGGCGAGGACGAGGGGCGGGACGAGGACGAGGUUCCUAUGCGGCCUAGGACGAUUUCGCUGUACACGAAUCGGUCGCAUGUGCUUGGCUUUGAUGAGGCGGAGGAUAUUCCUGCCGUGCAGACUGUGGAGAUUAAGGCUGAGGAUUGGGAUGAGAAGACAGGUACGGCGAAUGUGCCGCUGCGCUAUGUUAAGUUUCAGAGUGUUACUUCGCUGGUGAUGUUCUUUUCGGAUGGGGAUGGGGAGUCGGAGAAGUUGCGCGUCGAUCGGGUUCGCGUUAUUGGCGAUGCGGGUGAGAAGAGGGCUAUGGGUAAGCUGGAGAAGAUUGGCGAUGAGCCGGGCGAGUAA